AUGUCUAGAGGGGAGUCUGUCGCUCUUGCUAUAGUAAUCGUAAAAUCAUCCUAUAUAAAGGAAUUAAUAUUUGAUAUGGAUCUUGUUGAAAUGCUAAAGAGCAUUGAUGCUAAAAUUAUCUAUAAAGG